CUCACAGUAGAAGUAUACAAGAGAAAUGCUGGAGAAGUUCAAUCUGCUGGAGUGUAAUCAUGUCAAGACUCCAAUUGCCACUGGUGUGAAGUUGACAAAGGAAGGAGAUGGAGUUGCUGCAAAUCCUUCAGAGUACAAGCAAUUGAUUGGGAGUCUACUUUAUGCCACUGCAACUCGACCUGACAUUAUGUUUUCAGUGUGCCUACUGAGUCGAUUCAUGGAGCAACCAACCAGGCAGCACAUGUUAGCUGCUAAAAGAAUACUCAGAUAUCUGAAAGGAACACAGGGAUAUGGAAUAUGGUACCAGAGGGGCCAGGAUGAAGGCUGUCUAGUAGGGUACACUGACAGUGAUUAUGCAGGAGAUCUGAAUGAUCGAAAGAGCACCAGUGGAUAUGCUUUCUUCUUGGCUGGAGGGGUAGUUUCAUGGGCUUCCAAGAAGAAACCAGUGGUCACUCUUUCAACCACAGAAGAAGAAUUUGUGGCUGCCUCUUAUGCAGCUGCUCAAUGUGUUUGGUUGAGAAGAAUCAUGAAGCAGAUGGGUUGGGAAUCUAGUGUUAAGGAGGCUACAAGAGUAUACUGUGACAACAGCUCCACCAUCAAGCUAGCCAGGAAUCCCAUCCUUCAUGGCAGGAGCAAGCAUAUAGACGUGUGCUUUCAUUUUCUGCGAGACCUGGUCAAGGAUGAGGUGAUUGGAUUGAUGCACUGUGGUUCUGAGGAGCAAGCAGCUGAUAUACUAACUAAGGCCCUCAAGUUGGAGACCUUCGAGUUCCUAACAGCCAAGUUGGGAGUACUUGAAUUUUCAGCUAGAGAAGGUACCAAGAAGAGCAAGGAUGAAGUGAACUGAAGCUUGAAGACAAGCUUCAGUUCAGGGGAGGAUAUGUGAGCUGAAGUCAGGGCUGCAGGCUGACUGGAAUCCAAAUCCGAGAAGAAGAAGGAUUAGAGUUGCAGCGGGAAAGGUUGUUAGUUUGAAUAAAGAAACCAAAACUGUGUCGUUUGGCUUAAGAGUCUGUCUGUUUCGUUUUAUGGUCUUUUUCAGUUUGGUCCUUGGUGUCUUGUUAGAGUCUUUUGAAGUCCUGCACAGGAUUUGAGUUUGUUGCAGGUUGUUAGGUUAAACAGCUGAUUAGUAGGGCUGUUAAGGGAUUCAUGGGGCACAAAUCAAGGGGUUGGGAGUUAGUAGUGUGGCCGUUGUCAAAGGCUGAGUCUCUGUAUUUAAACUUCUUUGCUUCUGAUUAAUAAAACUUGUCAGUUUGC